AGACUUCCCGACUCGUGCAGGGAGUCGGCUCCUCCAGUUUGCGUGAGGGCUGCAGGUUGAUCUUGGUUGCAGAUGAGCGCAGAAUUUAUAAGCGAGAGCAAGUGAAGUGGGGGCGGGGGGAGUCCUGGGCAGGAGAAGUACCCCGGCCAGGCGAAUUAUGCAUACGUUAGGCAAACACUGAGAGAAUGGCUGUGGAAGCUAUCCAUUGCAGUCUGAAUCCAAAUGGUAUUGAUCACUCUGUCCAUGCAGAAGGUAUUAACCAGCAAAUUGAAGGUGAAGGCACUGAAUCUCAAGCUGUUAAGAACAAAACUACCCAGAAGUCACCUGACCUGAAAGAAACACCCAAGCGACAACAAAUUGAGGCGGAGGCAUCUAAGUCUGGCACAGUGAAGCUGUCAAAACCAGUGGCUCUGUGGACCCAGCAGGAUGUCUGCAAAUGGCUGAAGAAACAUUGUCCAAAUCAGUAUCAGAUCUACAGUGAGUCAUUCAAACAGCAUGACAUAACUGGACGGGCGCUCCUGAGACUCACUGACAAAAAGCUGGAACGAAUGGGGAUUGCCCAAGAGAACCUCCGACAGCACAUCUUGCAGCAGGUGCUUCAGCUGAAGGUCCGAGAAGAAGUCAGGAACCUUCAGUUACUCACACAAGCCUCAACAGAGGGUUCUCCAUAAUCAUGAUUAGCCUCUAAAGCUGCUGUCCUGCCAGUUGAUAUGAAAGUGGCCUCUCCCUCAUGAAAAGCAGAAAGAACUACAGUGCCACAAGACGACCUUGGAGAAUUGAAAGAUUAACUGAGCUCUAACCCUCAGUCAAGAUGAUGGGUUUGGGAAAAUCCUGGUUUGCCAUGGAUUUAAAAUGUGGCACAUCAUCUCCAGUGCUAAUUUGUUCCAAGUGGUCAUUGACAGACCAUUAGCUGGGAAAUUGCUUCCAGUUUUCAUCACUGUGCAUAACUCGAGUUCCCUUUGGGGGACUCUCUGUGCCCUUCACUAGAAGUCCCAUUUUAGCAUGGCAACUACUGGAUUCUUUUAUUAUGUAUGCAGAUGGCAUGAUGUUUUAGGAACCAUUACAACAGUUCUGCGAUCUCAGUGGAAAUGUUCACAAUAUUACACCCUGAUAGGAAUGUAAACAUGUCUCGUAUCUCUUAGUUAUGCCGUCUAAAGGUAUUCCGUUCAACUAUUAAGCACUUUAUAGGUGAGCUCUACACAGAAGAAUUAGCACGUUAUGUAUAUGUGAAGAAAAAAACCCAAGGUGUUCUUUUUUCUUUUUUUCCCAAAAUCUUGUUCUAUUUCUAGGCUGAGCUUGUCCAAGACAAACUCCACUAUUUACAUAUCCUUUGUGGUUUGUGGUUUCUGGGUGUAAAUAUGGUUGUGGUACUGUUAGAUUUCAUCUCACAACAUGUUAUUGAAAAACUGUCUUGAUUCGGGCCAGGAAGAGAUGAGCAGAGAGGGUGGUAUAUGGACCAUGGUAUUAUAAGACAUUACCUAUGCUUUUCUUAUACCUGGAUGCCCUCGUAUUGCCCACAAAUAUAAAUGUGCUUAUCUUUCCAUUGUGCCAUGAUGAACUUUCUUCUAAUCAAUAGAAACAGAGAUCUUAAAAACAAGGAUUCCACUUUCAUCAGCAACCAAGAGUGAGUCGGGGUAGUGAAGGCAGGAGAAUUUGCCAAUGCCAUGGCUCUGGCUUACUUCAAAAUGCUAGAGAAAGAGUCAUGAGUACUAUUACAACAAUUCUGCAGUCUCCGUGGAAAUAUUCACAAUAUUACAACCUGAUAGGAAGGUAAACAUGUCUCUUGACAUGUUAUGAGCCCACAGGUUCAUGGGUAGAAUCUUCUAAAGCAGAAAAUACAAAGAAAGUGACCAAAUUAUAUCCCACAAAAAGGAGAUCAGAGGCAGUAUCCAGUAUAUUUUCUUUUUUAUGUAGAUAACGUCUAAUCGUUUUCCAGUUAGUUCUCUUUCUGCUCUUUCAGCCUCAGUAUUUUGGAGAAUUUUUUUAAGCUUUCUAUCCUUAGUCCCUCUUGGAGCUUCAGAGCCCACAUGGACCAAUCUUUCUUAGCUGAUCUAAAUUUGUUCUCUGAAACCUGACACUGCUAUUUGACUGAAUCAAGUGUACGAUAAAUUUUAUCUCCAAGGGUUGAUACAUGAGUCUUUGCCAUCACAGACCUAACUUGUGGAGCCUAAAAAAUGACUUCUUUAAAACCACAUGUAAUAACUUGUAGUUGGCUGGGUUCUUCCCUAAGCUAAGCAUUUAGAGGAUAUCUUCAGACCCGUAGCCUCCAUCUAGUUGACCAUCUUUCCAAGUCUUUGAAAGGGUUCAGCUCAUUAUGCCUCUCUUGAGUCCUUCUGGAAAAGAGAAGGGACCUCCUCUUAAAACUCUAGUGAGUCAGGGGGAAGCAUACAUCAACAUAAGCUUAUCAAGAGAGAGCUAGAGAAAGAAAGGAGCCUAUUGAGGAAUAACGUCCAAGAUCCUGUAGGGACUCUUUUUCCACAAUCCUAACCAUCCCCCGGCUGUUCCCUAAGUAAAUACCUUAGAUUGAAAAAUAUAACUGCAGCCCCUAAAGAGAGUCAUUGGAGUGGCUUUGGGGAAAUCUGACUUGAAGGCUUUAUUCUCUACUCAAGGUUAACCAAACAAGUUGAUAAGUCCCUUGUGAUGCCAGGCUUUUAGGAACAUCCAUACCCCAUUUCCCCAGAUGUUACCAUUGAGUCAAGCAAGUAGAGCUGAUUCACCUCAGCCUAGUUACCCCUCUCCUACUUCUAUUGAAUUUUUAUACAACUCCAACACAAAUUUGUCCUCCCUGUGGAGUACAACCAACAUUCAUGACAUAUUCCUGGCACCUCACAUGUGGUGGUUGAAUCCAUAUCCACUUGACCUACGGCAACAUGGUACAUCAACCUUGUGAAAGAUGCUAGAGAAAUCCAUCAGUUUCAUCUAUGCCUUAUUCAUAGCUCUUCCAACUCUGUUUUCUUCCUGCUUGCAAUUUUAUAGUUGCUGUCCUUAUGACAAAUAGGUCAUACUUCCUUCCCCCAGCCCCACUCCAUCUCCCCAUAUAGCUAUCCUUACAUUUGAUAUGAUACAAUAGUCAAACACAAAGUUUGGAUUCCAAAGAGUUUUUUGCAAAGAAUGACUGCCAGAUUCCUGAGCUAUUGUAGUAAUCUGGUGCCCAUGGAGCUCUCUUGAGAACACUGGAUGAUAGCCAGCAUACUUGGUCACUUCCUUAUAUCCCAUGGAACAAAUUAAAGGAUACUGACAUACCAUCCAACCCUUGGGCUUUGGGGUAGUACAAUCUGAACAUUGAGAUAAGUCCAUUUCAUUUCCCAGAUUAAAGUCUUACUGUCACUGCUUGGAAUAAAAAAAGGAAAAUUUUUCUUUCAAGAAUACAACUGCCCAUAAAUCAAUUAAGGAAAUAAAUAAACCUUCUUCUAUUGCUUUUUUUUCCAAAUGUUUCUCAAUCUGUUUCAAUUCAAAAGAGCUUGUUAGAGCACCACUGAGUUGACAUUUGUGAGUAGACAAUUAACCAAGAGCAGGAUUCUAGAUAGCUUUUCUAAACAUGUAUUAGUGCCAGGCACAUAUCAUUAAUUGAAAUAUCUGAACUACUGUUUUUUCAGAUGUGUUUAAAUGACUCCCAGAGAUGGUUUGGAAAGUACAGCACUAUAAAUUCAAGGACAGCUUCAAAUGUGAAAUGAAUCUAGUAGGAGCAACAUUGAAUUUGGAGUCAGAGGAGCUAGGUUCAAAUCCUGCCUCUGUCACCUUUAUGACCUUAGGCAAAUUAUUUUUUCUCUCAACAGCCUUAUGUUUCUCAUAAAAUAAGGGGGUGAACUAGAUGGCCUUUAACAACACUUCCAGCUUCAAAUCUAUGAACCUAUGACUCAACCUUGGGUUUCUUUGGUUGGGGGAAAGGGAAAGAAUGGAGUUGAGCCCACAUGGAUUAAUCAUGGCUGCCUCUUCAAAAUGGCAAACAUUCUUCCUUGGGUAUCAUAUGUGGAAUGAAGCUUCCCAGAAACUGAGAAAAAUUGGUAUGUGUACAUACACACAUACACAACACAAGAGAGAGAUGGAACACCAUUGGAUUUUGUUCAUUAGAAUUGGGGGAGAAUGGAAAUAGAUUAACAGGGCUGAAGAAAUAAUAUGUUGUUGCAAUACUUAUAAACUUUUAACAUUCAUUUUUCCAUUUUUUUCAAAGCCUACCCCACAUCUUCCUAUGAGCAAGCAGACUCACACCCACCACUGCAGGGGAAAGUAUAGAAUGAAUAGGCAUGAAUAAUUAUUAGGAUCUCUAGGGUGCCAAAAAGAGGUUUGGGAAAGAGAAGAUUAGCUAACUUUCUCCAAGGAAUUGAAUUUAAAAUUUUAAAGUGGCAUAAUUUUACCAAUUAAUUCUGGGGUUCUCAGAUCUCAGAGACUUUCUUUAUGUGUCCUACAAGGACCUCAAAAUGAUCAACAAGGAUAGACUGGACAAUGUCCUCCAGAAUAUGGGGAUACAAUAGAGUGUUCACAGUAAAAACCCUUCUAACUCACUAACCAACUAACAGAGUCCAACUGUCUUUAGUUUCCCAGCAAAUACUGAAAUAUAUAUUUAACACCCAGGAGGACAAAGAAUACCAACCUUAUUUGAGAAAAUAUGCCAAAGAGGAAAACUUCUAAUGGACUUCUCCACCCACAUCCCAUUACCUGGUAAUGCUUUUUUUUUUUUGUCUGUAAAUGUCACAUAAUUGAUUUGGUGAAGAACAAUAAAGUCUCACAUAAGAGAAGUUUGCAAGAUCCUUGUUAGUUCUUCAGCUCUAGCAAUCCCACUGUAUCCAAGUGCAUUAGCAAGCUCAUUCUGUGCACUGUUUUCCUCUAUAUUCUUCGGAGUAAUUUUGUUACUUGACAACUAGACUUAAAGCUGCUGUAGACGCUAAAAAAAAUCUAAUCUCUGAAAAUGACAUAAAUUUUCUUUAUUCCACAAAGACUCUUUUUUAUUCACCCCUUCCCAAACCCACAGCAUAUUCCCUCCCCACCCUCCCUUUCUUUUCGUUCUGCUUCUCUCUCUUUUUCACUAUGCUGUGAAUAUGUUUCAAUUAUUCGAUAAAGAGCUCAAACAGGAAAAAAAAAAGGCUUGGAGUCAUCACCCUUUCCCCUUAUUUCAAUAAAUAAUACCUUCUUGAAUUUGAUGGAGGAGCUUGAUUGCCACACCACUGGGGUGCAUUGACUUCCAUCUCUGAAAUGUUUGAACCAAUCUUUGAACCAUCUUUGAACCAAUCAAUCAACAAGGAGUUAUUGAACCAAUGUUAGGCACUAGACUAGGAUCUUGGAAUAUAACAACGAAGAAUGAAAUAAUUCCUAUGCAUAAUCAAAAAGGACCCUAAGAAAAGUACAGAGGGCCAGGAGAUGAGUUUUCAGCUACAUUUCAAGGACAGAUAAUGCCUACAUCCUUUUUUUUUAAACCUUUACCUUACAUCUAGAGUUAAUACUAAGUAUUGGUUCCAAGACAGGUGAUGCAGUAAGGGCAGUAAGUGUCUUGCCCAGAGUCACACAGCUGGGAAAUGACUGAGGUUAGAUUUGAACCCAUAUCUAGACCUGGCUUUCUAUCCACUGAGCCACUUGGCUGACUCCUCAUGCUUUCUUAAUCUACUUCUGCUACAUCUAGAUCUCCUUCUGUCUCCACAGAAAUUUCAUUAGUUCAGUUUUAUAAACCAACAAUAUCAUGUGGAACCCCCAGCCCAAAGGGGCAGGGGAGGACUCCAUCUCUGUUAUUUUUCUUGGGCUUCUUAUUCUCCAAUGGGAAGUAAGGAAAGCCUUUUGUAAAAGGCAGCCAUUCAUAUUCUACUUUUAGAAAAGCUGUAAGGUGUCCUAACCUUGAUAACUAGAGUCUCCACUGAGAUUCUAACUCAAGUGUUUGGAAGGAGUCAUGAUGUCUGCUGCCUUCCUAAGUCUUUACUGUGACCAUCUCCUCGACCCCUGAGGUAUGAGAUAUAGGUAAAUGGCUCUAUUUCCCUGCACCUCUGUAUUGAUGAGAUUCAGGAGAAACUUAAAAAGAGAAGUGCCUUCCAGGUACUUAAGGGUUUUGGUCCUCCCCUCCAGGAGGAUGACUGAGGAGUGACUAAAAGCCCAUAGAAUUGGCCUAAGGCAGAAGAUGAGAUGAUUUGUGAAAGACUGCUUUGAAAUGGGAUUUCACUGGCCAUUAAAUAGAAUAAGACUGUUGAAGCACCAGGUCUUCAUUCAUAAUUUCCUAUUAGAGUUAUUGAUAAUUAAAAUAGUAGCAAACUGUGAAGAGUAAAUUCUCCCCUCCCAUAUUUCUCAAAGUCUUUUAAAAUUUUACUGAUUAAUAUAAAAAGAAAUAGUUGGUGAUUUCAAGGAGUUUCCCAGACUUUAACACAAUAAUAAGGCAAAGUUUAAGCCUGAGCCAAUAGUUUCUAUCACAAUACAAAUCUCUUUUCCCGAUAUUGGGGGAUCUUUAGAUUUUAUUUCUGGAGUGAAGUAACUAGCCUUCUUGAUUUCCUUGAGGAGAAUAAAUAAGUUUUACUUUGUGAUAUAACCACAUCUGGGCCAUGAGAUACUGCAGAAAGCUGGUUUGUUAGACUUGCCAGGCAAUAAUAUCCAUUUUCAAAAAAUCCUGCCCCUUCUCUCAAAUAGUCUAACUCCCCCUAUAUUUUUCUGUCUCCUUCAAAGUUGUCAGCCUGUCUCAGAUUAAGAUUAGCACCCAUGAGGUGAGGCGUGCAAACCACAUGCACGCGCACACACACACACACACACACACACACACACACACACAAUUGUAGUCCCCUCUUCAGUUUAAUUUAAAAUUUGAUACAAGUGAUGGGCUGCUGUAAUCAUUGAGAUAUGGACACUUGAAUCAACUCCCAAUGACUGUUCUUUGCCAAAAUUAAUACUUGUUUUGUUUUCAUUUACACUGAAAACAAAAACAAAAACAAAAAUCUAUGUUCUGGACUUCCUGAAGUCUCAAGGGUAGCACUUGCCAACUCCUACUUUCUUAGCUCACAGAGUGAACAUUUGAAAGCAAGUUCUGGAUGGUUUUUCUCAACAUGUCUGAAAGGAGUUUUGAAAUGUACAACUCAAUUCCUGCCCAUAUUUGAAAAGAACACUAUUUGGGGAUGGAAACAUCACAGGAAAUAUAGCCAGAUCCUUAUUGAAUAUUGUAAGUCAUAGUUUUGUUUUCUCGUGUUUUCCAUUCUUAUUCAAUUUUUACCUUCAGCUUGAAAGGAUGGGAAGUUGGCCUCCAUGGAAUGGUUAUUAACCCUAACCUAGGAAGCCUAGCCAGAAGCAGUGGGUUCCAGUUGCUUUAAUUCAUGCUUAGAAAAUUUUAAAAGCCUCUUUGGGUGUCUGGAUGUUUUCUCCACUAUUAGCCUCCUUCCUUCACUGAUUAAAAAACACACGCCCAAAACUGCCCUUACAAGGUUAUAUGAACCGCUGCCGUGGUUUGGCCAGUGGAGGCAGUUUACGUUGCAGAGGGCUGAAUGAUGCUGGAAGCCUGACUUUGUGUAGGUUUGGAGCUGUGUCCCACACCCCAACCAUAAUUAUCUCAAGGACUACACUUCCAUCUAAGUAAGAUCUGGUCCCAAAGGUAAUGAAGUGAAUUCUGCUGAAAAUUAUCAUAGCCCCUCUAUUCACACUACUGGAAUCCUGUGAAAAUGAUUCCAGGUGGCUCAACUAUUCAGUAUCAUUAGCCUCUACAUUAAAUAGCUUUACACAAAAUUUUAGAAGAGAUCGAUAUCAUAGCAAAACUGCUUAUUAGCAAUAAAGAGCACCUGAGAAGAGACAGUAUUGAUCCAUCGUGGUUUCUAUGCUUAGGUUUAUUCUUAGAAUUUUGUGGGGGGACAGCCUAGCUAGGAGAAAAGGAAAGAACAUAUCUUGAAACCAGGAGCACCAAGCUAGGGAGCCAAAGACCUAUGAGUCCACUCCCAGCUCUGUCUUUUAUGGUUCAAACAUGGUCAAAUAGCUUAGACUACUCCAUAAGCCUCAAUUUCCUCAUUUUUAGAAGAGAAAUGAGACCUGCCCUUCCCAUUUACUAGGGUUUUUAUUUUCAUAAGGACCAAAUGAGACAAUCUAUAAAUAUUAUAGUGUGACACAAAUACAUGGUACUAUCAUCAGUGUGAUCUGGGUCAGAGACUCCAUGAAAAUAUAAUUUCAUGAAACACAAAGCCUAUUUCUCCUACUGUAUGCCUUAUGAUCCCCACCUACCAUCUUGAUCACGUCACCACCUUUGGGGCUUUGGCCAGGAAAGGAAGCACCGCUCAACAUAUCCCAGAACUAACUGAUUUGCCAAAUGAUAUUUGUCCUGUCCUAUAGAUCCCAAAGAUGAGGCACUCAUCUGUCAUCUUGAUUCCAUUUCCCAAUUCAUUGAACACUCUAGUGAGCCCGCUGACCAAAAGAUAGAGAUUUGGGUUUGGCUUUCUGACAGGUAUAAGUUUUCAAUCCUUGGGUUGCUGAGGAGCAGAGGGAGUGUGUAGCUUCCAGAGGGAGAGUAAGGAAGCAGAUCAUUCUCCCCGGAAUUAUUUCCAUCAGCCGCUGUCUAAUAGUAUGCGUUCUAGUGAACGAAGAAAUGAUGGCACAAUGUGAAUUGAAUUGCAGACUAGGGAGGGCUUACUGUAAGAUCAGAAGCCAACCAGUGAAAACUGCUCACUUCCUCUUUGGUAAACUGCAUGCCUGUGCUUGUGUGCAGGAGCACACUUUGUCAGCUAGGUUUAGUGAGUGUAUUUUGUAACACCCUAGCCCUGCAUAGGUCAGAGACCUUUUUCACAGCUUCUUUAAGUAUGCCAUAAGCUGGCACCUGUGUCAAUGUCCUUCAAAGGGUUCAAUAUACAGGUAUUUUCUUUUUUUUUUCACCACUCACAACUGUGUUUCUGCCCUUUGUACCAUAGCACUAUGUCUCUGUAGACAUCCAAAUAGAGUGACAAGAUCGAGUGCCUUUCUAAUGGGCAUAUAUUGUAUUCCCCCAGAAACCCCAGGGGAAAAAUGUACAGAAAACUUAUUUUUCCCAAAUAUGAGAAUGAUUGCACAUCAUUUUAACCUGUCCAUUUCCAUAUUUAAGUGGUUGUCAACACGUCAAUGCCCAUUGAUUCACUGUUCUAUUUUUUUUUUGCUUUUUAAAUUCUUUUCCAAUGUUUAUAGGGAAGUCGGUGGGGAGGCAGGCAUUCUCUUUAAAUUGAGUUAAAUGAAAAUGUUCAAAGUUUGUUGUUUUUUUCCCCCUCCGGUGUCCAUGGGCAUGAUCUCUAGCAGGCUUGGAAAUCUGCUUUAUCAUUUUGUAUAUUUGACAAUUUUGUACUCUGCAUUAUUUGACUUCAUAUGUGCAUGGCGAUGUAUUAAAACACAAAAUUUUUAUUACAGUGUAAAAA